CGAGAAUUCAGGAAGCUACAUUUCAUUGCAAAGGAAGAUGAGGAGGAGGAGGAAGAGGAUGUUGUCUAACAACAAACUGGAUUAGCUUAAGCUUGAAACAUCAUUGCUUUGACUAGCUCGCUUCUGCAGGAUGCCACAGAAGAUCGGUUUUAUAGUUGUUAGUUCAUCGGGACACGAAGAUGGCUUCAGUGCAAAAGAGCUGAUGGUUCAUGCACCGACUGUGAAUGGAUGGCGAUCACCCAGACUCUGUCAGUAUCCACAGGAAAUUGUUCUGCAGUUGGCGGAGAGGUGUCGAAUACGAAAACUGCAGUUGCUUGCUCACCAGUACAUGAUUUCAAGCAAAAUUGAGUUCUACAUCAGUGAAAGCUUGCCUGAAUACUUUGCUCCUUAUCAGUCAGAGAGAUUUCACAGACUAGGUUAUGUCCCUCUCUCAGACAAUGAAAAGACUGAUUUCAAAGCACGAGAGUUAAAAUCUGUGUAUAUGGAUGCAGUUGGCCAGUACCUGAAGCUGAUUUUCCAUAAAAAUUAUGUCAAUAAAUACAACUUAUACGGUCAGGUUGCCCUAGUAGCUAUAAACAUUAUUGGAGAUCCAGCAGACUACAGCAAUGACAGCAAUAAUACUCCUUCCAGAGAGAAGCUGAUAGACCACUACUUAGGAAUUAAAUCAGAUGACCCUGCCUUAGAUGGAACUUACCUUGGGAAGCCUGACUCCAUUUCACCUCUGGAUGAUUUGGCUUUUGACAUGUACCAGGAUCCAGAAGUUGCUCAGAUAAUACGUAGACUGGAUGAGAAGAAGCGUGAAGCUGUCCAUCAUGAACGCUAUGAUUAUGCCAAGAAACUCAAACAAGCUAUCGCAGACUUGCAAAAGGUAGGGGAACGACUUGGUCGAUAUGAGGUAGAGAAGCGCUAUGCUGUAGAGAAAGAAGAUUAUGAUCUGGCUAAAAAGAAGAAACAGCAAAUGGAGGCAUACCGCCUGAAGGUGUAUGAGCAACUGGAGCUCCACGACCUUCUGGAUGCAGACCUGAUGAUUCGAAAACCACCUGAAUUGCCUUUGGAGUCUAUGAUUUAUACUGACAAUCCUCAGCGCACAAAAGCUACAAAUUCACCUCCUUGUGAGCACACAGAACCGCAAAAAGGAGAGCCAUGGAGAGCAGAGCCUUUGCUGGAAGAGAAGUCAGCAGAUCCCUCGUCUGCUAAGCCUGUUGCUCCCCAUCAGUCCCCUCCUCCUCCUCAGACUCAUCCUGCAACCGCCAGGGAAGUGUUUCCCAAAGAAAAUGUUGAAUUUUUACCUUAUGAUGAGAGACCUCUUCCAGCUAUCUGCAAACAGCCUGAUGAAGCAAUUGCGUACCUUGAGCCGGAGAUGGCUGAAGGGGCUAUCGAUGAUACUCCAAGAAGUGGCAUUACUGGGGAACCAGAACCGUUAACUGAGAAGGCACUGAGGGAGGCCAGCCCUGCUAUUGAAGUUUUUGGAGAAGCUUUGGUUUCAGGAGCAUAUUCCAAAACUUGGUCGUAUCGAGAAGACGCAUUACUGGCUGUGUAUAAGAAGCUGAUGGAAAUGUCAGUAAAGACUCCAAAGGACGAUUUAAAGAACAUGCUGAGAGCAGCCAUUUUUCUUGUAAGGAGAGCCAUCAAAGACAUAGUGUCUUCAGUUUUUCAAGCUUCCCUGAAACUCUUAAAAAUGAUCAUUACCCAAUAUAUACCAAAACAUCAACUAGGAAAACUAGAAACUUCUCAUUGUGUAGAAAAAACGCUUCCAAGUUUGCUUUCUAGAACAGGAGACUCUUCAUCCCGUCUUCGCCUUGUGGCUUCUAACUUCAUUCAGGAAAUGGCACUGUGUAGUGAAGUUAAACCUCUUCAGAUCGUUCCAGUUCAUUUGGUUCAACCGUUAAAACCAAACUCCCCAACACAUCUGGCGAUGAGUCAAGUGGAAUUAGUGGCGUGCCUAUUGAAAGACAUGGGAACUGAAAACUCUGGGUUUACCAUCAGCAAUGUCAUGAAGUUUGCAACGGGAGCUUUGGAACACAGAGUUUAUGAAGUUCGUGAUGUAGCGUUGCGGAUUAUCUUUGAUAUGUACAGGCAGCACAAGGCUGCUAUACUGGAAUAUCUUCCUCCAGAUGAUGCAAGCAUUCGCAAGACUGUUCUCUAUAAAACACUCUUUGAUGGAUUUACUAAAAUAGAUGGCAAACUUUCUGAAGCUGAAAUUAGGGCACAGAGAAAGGCAGCAACAGAAGAAGCAGAGAAACAGAAGAAGGAAGAAAUAAAAGUUCUGCAAGGUCAGCUGGCAGCUCUAAAGGAGAUAGAAGCAGAAGUUCAAGCUGGAAAGGAGAAAGAAUCUGAUUUUCAGAAGCCAAAGAAUCAAGGUUACCAGGUAAAUGAAAGCCCACAGCCUGCAGCAGCAGAGAUUCCAGAUGAUCAUGCCUCUGUUGCAAAUUACUUGGAUAACUUAUGUAUUUUUUGUGGGGAAAGGGACGAAUCCUUCACAGAGGAAGGAUUGGAUCUCCAUUACUGGAAACACUGCCCUAUGUUAACCAGAUGUGAGCACUGCAAACAGGUGGUGGAAAUAGCAAGCCUGACAGAGCACUUGUUGACUGAUUGUGAUAAAAAGGACAGCUUUGGGAAAUGUCAACGAUGCAGUGAGGCCCUUCCAAAAGAUGAGUUGCCCAAGCAUAUUAAGAGCAAGACUUGCAAUUCUGCCAAACCAGAAAAUGUGGCAAACCAUUGCCCAUUGUGCCAUCACAACUUUUCCCCAGGAGAGGAGGCCUGGAAGUCUCACCUAAUGGGCAAAGAUGGCUGUAAAAUGAAUCAACGGAGAUUAUCCACAAUAAAUAAAACUCUUCUGUUGCAGCCUAGCAAAAUAGGUGGCCAGUAUUUAAGGAAGCCAGGUCCUUCAGGAGCAAAAGCUCGACCUCCCUCUAUAGGAAGCAAGAUCCCAACCCCAAGAGGGGGCCCAAAUAAAAGCACUGGCAAAACAUACUCAAAGCGAUGACAGGACAAGUAUUUCUCCCUAUGUCUUAAUAACUGGGCAUGUAGUUGUUAAUAGUUAUUUAAAAAUUGUGGGCAACUCAUAUAAUCUUAUUUGUUUGACUACAUAGGACUGUUUACCAGCCUUGAGCAGUACUUGCCUGUCUGGUAACUUUUGCAUUAGCUGUCUGUGCAGCACUGUGCUUUUUCUCCUAGAAAUGCUCAUGUCAGAAAUAUGCAAAAUGUUCUGGGACAGAUCUAGCCUGCCACAUUCCCCAUAUGGCACAAGGAAGGCCGUGCAUUGGUCUUUGGUUCCUCAUGUUAAAAAAACUCCCCAAUGAGUAUGGAGUUAACACGGCCACACUGUGCGGCUGCUGUCACGGUCAGCACAGAGGCUGUGCCCAGAGGUUAUGCGAUUCCUCUGGGACCGUGGUUCUAACAGGCUGGCUUUGAGAUCCAGUAAGGAAUUUCCUUAAGGUCCAAAAGCCACAGUCAUUUCUGUUUUGGCUUUCUUUGGGGGAAGAGCAAGAAACUGACCAAGCAGAAAUUGUACUAGACUUUCAGGACAGAGCUGAAAAGCAUUUGUUCUUUUGAUCUAAGCGUGACACUUGUUUGCAAUUACACGUUCUGAAAGGUUGGCAAGUAAUACCUGUAUUAGCUGACUACCACCUGAUCACUUCAGUGUAAUAAUGGCAGAAUAUAUUGCUAAUAGUUUUCUGCCAAAAUUGACUUUAUAACAUGCUGAAAGUAAUAGUGUCAAUAAUUUUUGUUUGUCUUGCCGUCAGACACUUGUGGUAGACAAAUGGGUUGCAAGUUUAAUUGCGUGCACUGGUUGGCUAGGAGAUAAGCUGCCUGUGUGUAUUUCUGCAUUACAUCAGUGCAUUUACAGAGAAUUCAUCAUCAUUAAACUUGAGGAAACACCACUGAAAAUAGGGAUAUACAAUGAGCAAAACAGGCUUGUUGCAGUCGCGCAUGUUCCUUUGAUGUGAUGAUGAUGUUGAUAUCUUAGUGAUGCCAUUGUUCAUCUGCUAUGAUGUGCAGCUGGCAUAAGGUGAAAUGAAAAAUGCAUGCACGUGUAGAAGGAAAUACAUGUCAGACUAUACGAAAUGUGUAUCUCUGUUAUCUGAAAGACGUGUAUGAUCCUAUAUAGAUAAACUCUCAAACCAUAUGUGGUUCAAGAAUUCCAUAAGGCAAAAUUCUUCCUCAUGUGU